CUCUGGACCAAAAUAGACAGUUGAGGGCUGAGCAGCUGACAUCAACCAGAAAUGGCUGCCACCGGAGUUCUUCCCUUCAUAAGGGGGGUAGAUCUCAGUGGAAACGACUUUAAAGGUGGAUACUUCCCAGAGCAUGUCAAAUGUAUGAGCAGUCUGCGAUGGCUGAAACUAAACAGGACAGGACUGUGUUACCUCCCAGAGGAGCUGGCCUCUCUGCAAAAGCUGGAGCAUCUUUCAGUGAGUCACAACAGCCUGACCACCUUACAUGGAGAACUGUCCAGCUUACCAAACCUACGGGCGGUGGUAGCCAGAGCCAACAACUUGAAAAACUCUGGAGUCCCAGAUGACAUCUUUCAACUAGAUGAUCUCUCUGUGCUGGACCUGAGCUACAAUCAGCUUACCGAGAUCCCCAGGGACCUGGAGAACAGCAGGAACAUGCUGGUGCUGAAUCUGAGCCACAACGGUAUUGACUCCAUCCCCAACCAGCUGUUCAUCAACCUGACAGACCUGCUGUACCUGGACCUGAGUGACAACAAGCUGGACAGCCUGCCACCCCAGAUGAGACGCCUGGUCCACCUUCAGACUCUCAUACUGAACAACAACCCGCUAAUGCAUGCGCAGUUGCGCCAGCUGCCAGCCAUGGUGGCAUUACAGACUCUCCACCUGAGGAACACCCAGAGGACACAGAGCAACAUGCCCACCAGCUUGGAGGGACUGACACAUUUAGCAGAUGUCGACCUGUCAUGUAAUGACCUGACUCGAGUGCCAGAGUGUCUCUAUUCACUGGGCAGUCUGAAGAGACUCAAUCUGAGCAGUAAUCAGAUUUCUGAACUCUCCCUCUGCAUCGACCAGUGGACUCAGCUGGAGACGCUUAACCUGAGCCGCAACCAGCUCACCUCACUGCCUUCUGCUAUCUGUAAGCUGUCCAAGCUGAAGAAGCUGUAUGUAAACUCCAACAAACUGGACUUUGACGGGGUUCCACCAGGCGUGGGCAAACUCUCCAGCCUCACUGAGUUCAUGGCUGCCAACAACAACCUGGAACUCAUCCCUGAGGGACUCUGCAGGUGUGGCAAAUUGAAGAAGCUGGUGCUGAAUAAAAACCGCCUGGUGACACUGCCUGAGGCCAUCCACUUCUUGACUGACUUAGAGGUUCUGGAUGUGCGUGAGAAUCCCAACCUGGUGAUGCCUCCUAAACCAGUGGACAGAGCAGCAGAGUGGUACAACAUUGACUUCUCUUUACAGAACCAGCUUCGGCUGGCCGGGGCCUCGCCUGCUACUGUGGCUGCUGCUGGUGGAGGAGCCAGCCCCCGAGAUCACCUGGCGAGGAAGAUGAGGCUAAGGAGGAGGAAGGACUGUUCUCAGGACGAUCAGGCAAAGCAGGUGCUGAAGGGAAUGAGUGACGUUGCACAGGAGAAGAAGAACUUGGAGGAGAACGGGGACUUGAAAUACGCCGAUUUAAAGAUCCGACGGUGGGACAAGAGUCUUGAGAAGCCUCAGCUAGACUACUCUGAGUUCUUUAUGGAGGAUGUGGGACAGGUCCCAGGUUUAACGGUGUGGCAGAUAGAGAACUUUAUUCCCAUCCAAAUAGAUGAAACUUUCCAUGGCAAGUUCUAUGAGGCGGACUGCUACAUCAUCCUCAAGACCUUUCUGGAUGACAACGGAGCGCUGAAUUGGGAGAUCUACUACUGGAUCGGCCAGGAAGCCACGUUAGACAAGAAGGCUGGCUCCGCCAUCCACGCCGUCAACCUCAGAAACUUCCUCGGAGCAGAGUGCAGGACGAUAAGGGAAGAGAUGGGAGAUGAGAGCGAGGAGUUCAGCGCUGUGUUUAACAACGAGAUCUCCUACAUUGAGGGAGGAACAGCCAGUGGAUUCUACACUGUGGAGGACACACACUAUCCUGUCAGGUUGUACAGAGUUUAUGGCAAGAAAAACAUCAGGCUGGAGUCUGUACCUGUGAAGGCCUCCUCCCUCGACCCACGCUAUGUCUUCCUGCUGGACACAGGGCUGGAAAUCUUUGUCUGGAGAGGAGGCAAUGCUACGCUCAGCAGCACCACAAAGGCCAGGUUAUUUGCUGAAAAGAUAAAUAAGAAUGAACGUAAGGGCAAGGCGGAGAUCACAACCCUCAUGCACAACCAGGAGCCUCCAGGGUUCUGGGAGUUGCUGGGAGGACAACCCGAGGAGAUCAAGAAACACGUACCAGAUGACUUCUCUCCCAUCAGACCUAAACUAUACAAGGUGGGCCUGGGUCUGGGCUACCUGGAGCUGCCUCAGGUCAACUACAAGCUGUCAGUGGAACACAAAGACCACAAGAUCAAACUGGACACCCUGCCAGAGCUGAGACUGGUGCAGUCUCUGCUGGACACAAAGUGCGUGUACAUCCUGGACUGCUGGUCCGAUGUGUUCAUCUGGAUCGGGAGGAAGUCUCCCCGUCUUGUCCGAGCCGCUGCCUUAAAACUGGGUCAGGAGAUCUGCUCCAUGCUACACCGGCCCAAACACGCCUGCGUCACCCGCAACCUGGAGGGCACUGAAUGUCAGGUGUUUAAGUCCAAGUUUAAGAACUGGGAUGAUGUUCUGAAGGUGGACUACACAAGAGCAGCUGAAACUGUACAACAAAAAGACAACCUGCAGGGCAAGGUGAAGAAGGACGCAGAGAAGAAAGACCAAAUGAAAGCUGACCUCACAGCUCUCUUCCUUCCCAGACAGCCAGCCAUGCCCCUCACUGAGGCUGAGCAGUUGAUGGAGGAGUGGAAUGAGGACCUGGAUGGCAUGGAGGGAUUUGUGUUGGAGGGAAAGAAGUUUGCUCGCCUGCCAGAGGAAGAGUUUGGGCAUUUCUACACACAGGACUGCUACGUCUUCCUCUGCAGAUACUGGGUGCCCGUGGAGUACGAGCAGGAAGAGAAGGAGAAGAAGGAGGGCGAAGGUGGUGGUGGUGGAGGAGGAGGUGAGGAAGAGGAGGAGGACAAACAGCCGGAGGAAGACUUCCAGUGCGUGGUUUACUUCUGGCAGGGCAGACAGGCCUCCAACAUGGGCUGGCUCACCUUCACCUUCUCCCUGCAGAAGAAGUUUGAGAGUCUUUUCCCUGGAAAACUGAAGGUGGAGCGUAUGACUCAGCAGCAGGAGAACCUCAAGUUCUUGUCGCAUUUCAAGAGGAAGUUCAUCAUCCACAAAGGGAAGAGGAAACAGAAGACCGACUCCGCCCAGCCCUCCCUCUACCACAUACGCACCAAUGGCAGCGCACUAUGCACCAGGACCAUUCAGAUUGGUACAGAUUCAAGUAAUCUCAACUCAGAGUUCUGCUUCAUACUCAAGGUACCAUUUGAGAGCACCGACAAUCAGGGCAUCGUUUACACCUGGGUGGGCAGAGCCGCCGACCCCGACGAAGCCAAAUUGGCUGAGGACAUCAUGAACAGCAUGUUCGAUGACACAUACAGCAAACAGGUGAUUAACGAGGGGGAGGAGCCAGAGAACUUCUUCUGGGUGGGGAUUGGUUCUCAGAAGCCAUAUGACGAAGAUGCAGAUUAUAUGAAACACGCUCGUCUCUUCAGGUGUUCGAACGAGAAGGGCUAUUUCUCUGUGUCUGAGAAAUGCUCAGACUUCUGUCAGGACGACUUGGCUGAUGAUGACAUCAUGUUGCUGGACAACGGCAAAGAGGUCUACAUGUGGGUCGGUACUCAGACCAGCCAGGUGGAGAUCAAACUUAGUCUCAAAGCCUGCCAGGUUUACAUCCAGCACAUGCGCUCUAAGGACACUGAACACCCGAGGAAGCUGCGACUGGUGCGGAAGGGAAACGAGCCCCACUGCUUCACACGCUGCUUCCAUGCCUGGGGAGCUUUCAAAACUCCCCCCUCAUAGACAAACGCUCUCUGACUCGCAGACUCGCUUAAAAAUGCUCACAUCUACGUACAAAUGAAUUUGCUGCCAUGUAAUUUUCUACCAGUAAAGAUGACGUCUAUGCCCAUUACCCAGCUUUACCUGAGCUCUGAUUCCUACCCCACAUCCUGCUCCAGCGCUGCUGCUCAACAGCCUUUUUUGGCCAACAGGUUAUUGUCAGAGUCUGCAGAGAAAAACAGAUUUAAGUUUAGCACAAUCAGUGAGAACUCUUCAGGUUUAGAGGCUGCUGGGACAAAUAUCAGUUUUUCUACAAGCAAUUUUUUUAGGAGCAAGUCUAAAUACUGUAGUUGAAUGAAAGAGGAGAAUUAUGUGUUGAGAUAAAAUAGAUCUAAGGUGUACAGAGGCUUUAUAAAGAAAAAAAACCCAAAGGGAGGUGAAUCCCCUAACAUAUCGAUCUGUUUUGCUGCUUUCACGUGGCUUGUGCUGCAUGGUCAGUAGUUUUCAGUGGAGGAGGGUUCAGUUCUCGUUAUAAGAGUCACCCCUCCGUGCUUGGUGCCAUUUUGCGCAGCUCAUUUGAAGCAGUUUAGGGCAGAUAAAAGUUGAUUUUACUUCUGUUCCCACCUCUAACUUGACCACUGACCUGAAACCAAAUAUGAUCCUCAUGUAAACAACACUUCAGACAGUAAUUUCCUUAGCUGUGUGAAAGUUAGAACACUUACAUUUAUUUGGCCAAAGAAAUCUUGAGGUCAACGUGCAAGUAACAGAUUGUGAGACAGAGCCUUGAUUAAUGUUUAAGAACUUGUGUUUAAAUGUGCAAUCAGCAGAUCCUGAAACUAAAUAACAAUACUGAGUUCUUCUAUGUCACGGGCUACAUUCAACUUGUCAAAAUGUUUAUUUUCUUGCUCCUUUUGAGGAUAAGAGUUUUUUUCAUGGGUUUGAAAAUUGAGAUAGUUUUGCAUUGUUUUUUUUCCCCAAAUGUUUCUUGUUUUGGAACAAAACUAUAAAUUUUUUUUUUUUAUUUAAUGGGAGAUCUCCUGCACCAUAUCAUAGGCAUAUCUUAGUAAAUAUAGUGACUCCUGCUUCCACUGAUCUGAGGUCAGUAGCUAGUUUUUACGGUUAACUAAUGAUCAGAUAACUUUUGGAGUACAAAACUGCUGCAAGUGCAAUCAGUGACCUGAUUAGUAUGCAGGCACUGGUCCAAGCAAGAUAAGUGUUUUCCCCAAAUGGCUGCAACUUCCAUCUUUACACUAUAUUUUGUGGGGUGAACUGUAUGCCUGUUACUGUGUUGAGUCCUGCACACGUACGUGUGUAUUUGAAUACGUGCACAUGCUCCUGAGGCCACCUGCAGAUGCUUUAUUUAUGUAUUUUAUAUAAAAAUAAAACCUCACAUCACAUCA